AUGCGUCCCCUUUUCUCAACUACGUUCAGUCUCGUGCUUCUCGCCGCAGACCAAGCUACAUCUGCCGUCAUUCGCUACGACUGGAACAUUACUACGCUCAACACAACCAUCUUUGAUGGUGUAAGGGGUACUCUUGGAUACGGCAUCAACAAUGAGCCGUGCGACGAACACCCUAUCAACGUCACGUUAGGUGACGAAGUAGAGGUUCACGUCAUAAAUCAACUUACGGAACAGACGUGCAUCCACUGGCAUGGACUGAGGCAAUUCGGCACGCAAGAAAUGGAUGGCGUUUCGGGCAUUACUCAAUGUCAGAUCCAACCUAAUGUGACGGCCAUCUACCGGUUCAAGCCCGAUAAGUGCGGCACCUUCUGGUACCACGGUCACGAAGAGGUGCAAUACGUAUAUGGCCUCCGUGGACCGCUCAUUGUCAACUGUCCACCCAAACAGAAACAAAGCUGGGAAAAGGACGUCUAUAAGGAGUAUACAGUGUUACUCACCGAUUGGUAUCACGACUUGCCUGUGGGUGCCCCAAUUUGGGACACUGUCCUUAUCAACAAUGUCGGGCGCUACAACUGCACCGUGGCAGAAGCUGCUGGCUUGGAAUGUGGCCCUGGGCGUCCACUGCCUCGGUUUCAGUUCAAGCCUGGGAAAAAGUAUUUACUUCGACUGAUCAACACGUCGGGCUUGGCAGCAUUUAAUGUCAGUAUUGACGGACAUACAUUCCAGGUAGUGGCAAGUGAUGCCGACUAUCUCAAACCUUCAACACCAGUCAAUUCAGUAUAUAUCAAUGUCGCCCAACGCUACGAUAUCCUCGUGCAAGCCAAGUCAGCUCCGUCUCAAAACCAAUUGCAAACCAGUCAGAAGCAGACGACGCCACUAGGCUCCUUCUGGCUACGUGUUCACUCGCUCUUUGGUCCUCCCUGGACAGCUCGAUUGGCUGAAGACGUUCCAGCAGGUUUCAAUCCUGACGCGCUUGCCAUCAUUGACUACGAGAGUGGGGCUACCGCAGACCCGACCACAUCGAGUUGGGCGACAAUUGUGACAAUUGGCGAGUUUGAAUACAUUCCAGCGGUUCCAGUGGUGCUUCCAACGUCACCCGACCAACGCAUUGUGGUGGAGGCAACUCUGGCCGUUCUGCCCCCGAAUCCAGGACUUUUCCUCGGAUAUAUCGCUCUCAAUGGUGGUCCCUUUAACUCGCUGGUGAUUCCUGACAGUCCACCACUAUUUACGAUCGCACAAGGCGCUAAUACCGAAGACCUCCCAGCCACAACCAACGCUAUCAAGUUGAAGCACAACGACCACGUAGAAGUGGUGGUGGUAAACUUGACGCCUGACCAGCACCCAUUCCACUUGCACGCUCAUUCGCCGUGGAUUGUUGGAAGCGGCCAUGCCUCGCGCGAUGCGAUCUUUGCGGGCAAUUUAACAACGUUGCGACUCAAUGGACCCAUGCAGCAUGACGUCUUUACAUUGCCGGAAUGCACAACAGACGCCUCGGGAGCUUGCACAGAUCUGGGCUACGUUGUCUUCCGCAUGAACGCCGACAAUCCUGGAGUGUGGCUUAUGCAUUGCCACAUUGAUUGGCACUUUGUGAUUGGGAUGGCCAAUCUCUUCAUAGAGGCGGAAGAUGUUCUUCAUGAAGAAGGUUUAGCAGCUUUCUCACCCAAUAUGGUGCUGAGUGUGUGCAGCGGAGCUGGAAAUUUCACUAUCUAG